AUCAACUUUUUUCAAAUUGAACUAUGGACUGAACCAUUCAAAGUGGAAAAAAGAACAUUUGGAGAAGACGACGAGAUGCCUCCAGUGGUCAGUUAUGGCCGUUGGGCUUUGACAUUGAAGACGAAGAAGAACCUGAAAUGCCAACACCUCAUGCUUCGUCUCCUCUCCCACUUCGCCGCCGAUAACAACAACAGCCCCGGCCAGCAUUUGCCAACUGGCCCACCUCCCAUCCAAGUUUCUUUCACUGCGUCGGCGGGGAGGGGAGUGUUCGCAACUCGGAGGAUUGGAGCGGGUGAUCUCAUCCACACAGCAAAACCCUUAGUGUCUCAUCCUUCCCUCUCUCUUCUCCACAAGGUCUGCUAUUUUUGCCUCAGGAAUCUCCCAAUCGCUCAUUCUUCGGAUGCUCUAACUGUUCCUUUCUGUAGCGAUCAAUGCAGAGAACACUCAAAGGCUUUUCUGGAUAUUGAAAAAAGAGCCGAUUGGUCACCAUAUAAUGACCACUGCAGAACCCAAGGUUUGAAGUAUCCACUAUUGGUAAAGCGGUUGGCUUGCAUGGUUAUUUCUGGUACGACAUCAUCAGACACUCUUGAUGUACUUCAACCUGCGUAUCUAUCCCCUGAAAUGCUUUCAGAGAUGGGAGAGGAAUUUCGCUUGCUGAGGCAUGCUUUGGUGAAUGGGGGCAUUAAGGAUGAAAUGAUGGCAUUUCUAACCAAGGAAUGGUACACUGGUGUGUUGGCACGGAUUCGUAUCAAUGCUUUUCGCAUUGAAUUGGUUGGAGGAUCAUAUGAGGAUUUACUUUUAUUAGCAUCAGCUUCCGUUGAAGCUGAAGCUGCUGUUGGGAACGCUGUUUAUAUGCUUCCAUCUUUCUACAAUCAUGACUGUGAUCCCAAUGUGCACAUUAUUUGGACAGAGAAUGUGGAUGCAAGAUUGAAAGCCUUGCGUGAUAUUGAAGCAGGUGAGGAGCUUCGUAUCUGCUACAUCGAUGUGAGCAUGAAUCAUGAUGCUCGACAAAAACUGCUGUUUGAAGGGUUUGGUUUCUGCUGUAAUUGUCUUCGGUGUAUGUCUGGUGAUUAAGAAUUUUACGUGGAAACAUGGGCUACGUCAGCUUCAAAUCAAUGCAGGACAAACUGGUGGAGGCAUGAUUUAACUUCUAAAUAUGGAUAUUUCCCAAUUAAUUUUGCAAAGAGCACCCCCCUUGGGUGGGUGGGUGGGGUAGUAUGUGUGAUGGUUAAGCUGGGAAGCAAGCAGGCCCACAAGUUUAAGGAAGGUUUUAACAUAUAAUUAACUGUUUGGAGUUUGAGCUACAGGCUUGGCAGUUGAUUAGUGAAAAGUAAAUAUAGCCAUGUAUAACAUUUGAUGGAUUAGACCUGCUCUGCAGACUGUUUUCUAGUUAAAGAAACUAUAAUUACUUUUGAA